GUUUUGAGCUGAAAACAAAGCAAACGAGCUGUUUCUGUUUGGAUAUUCAGCGCUGACGGCCGGUAAACCCGUGGGGGUGGUGCGGUCCCGUCGGAGACCCCGUAGUGUUCGGUAGUGUUCGGUUGUGUUCGGUUUGAACAGGCCGGAGAGCAGCGGCGGACCCCGCAGAGCAGCCCCGCAGAGCAGCCCGCCGUGUGCUCCUUCCCGGACCUCACUGUGGAUUUUUUCACCGCUCACCGGGACCUUCAUCGCUCGGUGUGCUGUCGCUCACUCUCUCCGGUCGGAUUUAAUCGAAACUCUUCCUCCUCACUGACAUCCAGCUGCUCUCAUUCAAACUGCCCAACUUCGACAUUUCCGCAUUUUGACGUCUGAUGCUCCGUCUCCCCGGCAGCUCCUCUUGCUCAGGGUCUCCAUGGUGAAGCGGGCGGGGUCUGAUGUCAGCCCCUCCUCUUGACGACCCUCCCAACAUGCCCACCAUGGUUUCUAGGCUGCCCAAGUUCGGCUCACGGCCCAAACCUGCAACGCCCUCCAACAGCAGUCCGAUGGGUCCGGCUGCCGCCUCAAGCAACUGCACCUUCACCAGCGCCGCCACUACCAGCACCCGCCUGACCAACGGGUUCUACCACCACCCCGGCCCAGCAGGCGACAACUGCAGUUUAAGUGCACCCCCCGCUUCCGUUAAGCAGAAUGGAUUUAUCAGAGUGCCGACUUCGUUUUCCUUAAAGUGGAGGAAGGAAAAUGAGACGAUGGAGGACGGAGCGGCCGACGGAGAAAGGGACUUCAGAAGAGGAAAGAGCGGGAAUGCCGGGCAGAACCACUCUGGUAAUAUCGUCCAUCAGUAUUGUUCCCAACGGCAACAAGGUGCACCAGUUGUGUCACAGCGUGACGCCAAGAAAGGAAAGGGAUGUGGUUUUGCCCAUCCUGUGACAUCCUCAUCAUCGCCAUCACCGCAGUCCAGCCCCAGAACACUUCCUGUCUCUAAAAGUGGAUCCAAACCCACCCAAACUUCAUUCGGGCUGAUCAAUGACACAAAAAGGGCCCUAAAUGGUCUUUCUGGAUCCAAACCACGGAGCGGAACCAAUGGUUCUCUGAGACGGCCUCAGAGCUUUGUUCGUGUUGGUGGCUCUAGGCCAAGUUCUGGUCCUGGUUCUCGAUCUGGUUCCCCUCUCCAAAAGAAACCGCAGGCCAGCCGUUCUCACUCCAGUGACAGCCUCGGAUCUGCUCCAUCCACCCAACUGACUGAAAGCGACCGCUUUCGGUCACGUAGCCUCACCCAGGUCCGACAACAACCCUCCCCCACCCUCACUCCCUCUUCUGCCUCCUCAAAGCUCUCCCGCAACCCCACCGUCACCCGCUCCUACUCCAUCAACAGGACUGGCGGCCGAGGACUGAAGGAGCCGACAGCUUCCUCCAUUCAGGCUCCACCCAGAGGCAACUUGGCAAAAUCCCCCGUUACCAACCAGACCCCCGAAGGAGGAGGCAGAGGCGGAGGGGUCAGAGUUCAAAGUCCGGCUGUUCCGGGGAGAUCAGGGGUCCACAUCCCCUCCCUUCUGCCCCCCUCAGCCUUGAAGAAGGCCCUCUUACCCAACCUUGGCCCCGCCCAUAAGCCCAGUGGCAUCAGCUAUAAGCUGUCACGCCCGUCACUCAGCAAGCAGUCCCGCCCCCUGCGAGUGACCGCAGCCAAUGUGUCGGGAGCUGACCUGGAAGGACUGACGGCACGGAGAAACUCAGUAGAGACUCCUUCUACCACAGAGACCAGCCCAGAAAGUACUCCAGAGGCUCCAGAGACGGAGGGGCUGACUGCAGAGCCGGUAUCCCAGGGAGGGGUGUCGAUUGUGUGUGAGACGCUGGAGGACAUGUCCCUGUCCUCCAACUCGUCUCUGGACAGAAAUGACACCAGUCAGGAGUACAUGGACGACUUUGACAACCUCGGAGACGGAGGGGUGGGAAUCCUGCUUCUGUCCUCUAAGAACGAAGAAGACGACUCAGGGCUCGACCAAUCAUGCGCCAGGUUUGACGAAGAUAAGGAGGCCGUCAGUGGUGUUACGAAGGCGGCGGGGCUGUGUUUUCUGGACGACGGUAUGGACUGGACCAGCAUGAGACUCAGCGGCGAGCGAGGGGAGCAUCGGCUGACCCAGCUGCCCCAUCGGAGAAGGUCCAGUCAGCCGGACUACCACGAGCAGGGCGGCUCUUCCCUGGACCUGUCCCCCUCAGACAGCUGUGGGUCCGGCGGAACCUACAUGUGGGACGAGGAGGGCCUGGAGCCGCUGGGGGGGGUCGCCGCGACCGCCUCCAUCACCACCAACAGCAACACCACCCAUCACAUCGGGAGCUUCGACUCUGACCUCAACAGCAUCGACGUCUUGAACAACCUGGACUCCUGUGAUCUGGAUGAUGACGACCUCAUGCUGGAUGCAGACGUCCUGGAGGACGCCUCGCUGCACAGUGAUGGAGACGGGAUUUCCCACAUGGCUCAGUGGAGGGGGAGACAGCUCUGCUGGGGAACGCAGGACGUCCACAAUGACAAUGAAAGUGAUUUCCAGUGCUACAAGCUAACGGAGGAUCCUGGGAAUAAGAGGACAGACGUGACCAGGGACAGUGAGCUCAUUCUGGACCUCUGUCCUCCAAGGUCGCCCUGUCUGUCUCCUGGUACUCCUGGUUUCGGUCUUGAUCUGGAGGAGCUGGCUGAAGACUGCUGUGCAGUCAGAUCACAGCUGGAGUACCUGCAGAGGUUACUGCUGCAGGAGGAGGAUGUGGACGAAGACACUCUGACCACAGACACUUUGAGUCCUGAGGUCAACGACGCCUCCCGCGGCUCAGACGCACAGGUGCAGGCUCUCCUGCAGGAGGUGCAGCAGCUCAGAGAGGAGCUGAGGAGCCGCGACCGAACCAUCGCACAACUCACCCGUCAGCUGACCGUUCCCACGGUGACCACCAGGUGUCGUUGCCAGGAGACCACAGGAAGGAUGGAUCGACACACGCAGACGAGUGUGACAGAGAGAGAGAGCGUGGCCUCGCAGACGCCCUGGAGAGAGCACACUCCACAGAUUCUUCACUCCUCCAGUCAGGAUGACCCGGAACCACUGACGGACCCACGCCCGGCUCCAGCUGACCCCUGCUCCGCCCAGCCACACGCCCCCGCUGAAAGCAACCCGCACUGCCCCGAUACCGACGCCACGCACCCAAAGGCCGCGGGAGGAAAGGAUUAUGGGCAAAGAGCGGGCGAAGAGGCGGAGGAGAACGCAGAGACGAGGGAGAGGAGAGGAACCCGCACCAGGUCCCUGCAGCCCUCCAAGCUCCGCCUCUUCCUGUCUCAGGCCUCCAGCUCCGCUUCUGCCUCGGCCGCCGCCGCUCCGCCGAAGACGAGGGUGGCCAAGCAGCUGCCUCAUGACCCAGACGGUAACGGGGUUAAGAUCAAAACGGCUGCCUUCACCUCCGGCUCCUCCCGCCUCCCCAAGCCAAAGAGCCACUGAGGCGUCGACCUCUUAAAGCAGCUGUUAGCACGCCGCGACGUGAGCCGACGACCUUUUCCCUGUCCGGGAACGAUUGAUCCGGACCUCUGAGUCCAGUCCAAACUACACUUCCUGAUAGUCUGGGUACCAAGUGGCUAAAAGGAUCACUAAAUUAUUUAAGCUGUAAAUGAGGAUGAAAUAUAAACAGUUAACUUAUUUAUUGUUAAUACUUUGAGCACUGACUCAUAUUAAAGGUGACGCUCUGUGACGCUUCAUUUUACGGGUCCCAUAAAGACGCUUCCUGUAAAUACAACACUGAGUUCAUGAUUUGACUCUGCAGCGUCACAGUCAUGAAGGAGGCCGGGCGGCGUCGUGACGACCAGCCUCCUCACCUGGAUUCAGUGCAGUUUGAUACGGAGACGUGUGGAGAUGCUGCAGACGUGGUUCAGUUCGUGAAAAGUCUUCCUCCUCCUCGUCUUCAGACCUGAUGCAGCACAUCAGCGCUGUUUGCCGGCGGGAGGAGGAGGAGGAGGAAGAGGAGGAUGUGAUGCGAAAGCACGAACGAGUGAUUUUUCUACAUGACGCCCCCUGAGAUAAUGACUUCCACUGAAUUGCUGCAUUAAGCGCAGAGUCUUUAGGUGAGUCAGCUCGUAAAAAGUGAAAUUUGUCUCCGGGCAAACACGCAAUUAAACAUAUGUGAAGAAUAAAGUUUUCAAUAAUGAAUGAAUUCAGAUGGCUGCAGAAGCAGAGACCGGCCUGCUUGAAGUUUCUUUCAAAGCUCAGUAUCUCCUGAUAACAACUUUUCUUGGAGUUUAGAGAAAACAAAAGACAAAUGAUCUCGAUAACGACAUAAUUUAUCAGGACAAAUCGACUUCAUCAGAUUUAGAGAAGUGGACCCUGACAAUCACUCACUGCUCUGUAGGUUUAAUGAACUUUAGCUGUCUGUGGUGGCGAUAUGAGGGUAUUAACAUGAUGGCUGCUCACUGUGAGAGACGCUGCUCAGCUGAAAGCAGAGGUGUCCCGCACUGCUGCCUGUUUGAGUGGUAAAAUAAAGUCGCGUUGAUCAAUAAUAAAAAGUCUCGAUCUGACAUCUUCACCUGAAAGCAGUUGCUGCAGUUGUUAAGACGCCAUCUUUACAGUAGCAGUAAACAUGAAGCGACCUUUUGUUUUGCUCCUGAUCAUCUGGAUGUUUAGAGAUAAUGAAGCUCGUUUUCUCAGAGUAACAGUAAUUAACCUGUGAUGCUGAGGUGACUUCAUUAGAAAAGCAAACUGUAAGCAUGACCGUUCUCAGCUUCACAAACGUUUGGAAAAUACUUCAAACUGAACUAAAACUGCUGUCAUUUUCAAAGUACGUCCGUCUCCUUGGAGACCGAUGGGAAGUUAUGGGACCAGUGAAGUAAAGCGUCAUCUUCAGUGUUUAAAAUGAUGCUAUUAUGCUACGCUGAGUGUUUAUUUAUCUCCUUUAGAAAAUGAGUAAAAGACGAAGCUGCAGACGGAUUUAAAAAGGCCGUCUGGGAGCUCGUUGGUUCUUCUGCUCCGCAGCAGAUCACCUCUGGACGUCCUGCUCGCUCGCUGGCUCAGAGGCCGUUUGACUCUUUGUGUGCCUGACUCGCUCACUUCCUGUCUGGCCUUGGCCAGAGUCGACCAAGUCUGGAAGGCGCAGACUCGUCCCCCGACGACCCUUAACCCAAACUCCGUCUGUCUGAGGCCGGCUCAGACCUGCUGCUCUGCAACACAUCACGUCUCCGAGGUCAGAAAAUCCAAAUGUGAGCUCUUUGUUUCAUCCUGUCCACGUUCAGUUUGUGCGUCAUGUUUGAUUUGAUACGUUCUUCCUCGUCUUCAGUCUCGUUCUUGUGAGAAUGAGGAUUCCUUCACCUGUUGAGUCCACCUGAGAAGACAAACGACGGCCUGAGGGUCAAAAGCUAAAUGUUUCCGUGUUUCUGCUCCUUCCUCCAGCGAGCCGAUUACUUUGCUCCUCGCUCGUUUGGAGGCCGGACAGAGAACCGAAGAGGCCUCGUUGACUCGAGUUCAACGAGGCCUCUUCUCGAGGUCGGUCGAGGACAGGAUGAGGGCGAAGGUCUCAGUAUGCUUCAAACGCACCGCGUCGCCUGCAGUGGUGGGAAGCAACACGUCAGUUAGCUCCCCCCCGACUACAACAUAAACUUAGACCACUGAUCCAGAACCAUGUUUUUAUAUUGGUCCAUUAGUAAUAAUGAUCUGAAAGUGACAGGCCGUUCUGUAUGAUGACCGUUUACUUCCAUACUUUUCCUGAAACUCCUGAAUGACUGCAGCACUUUUCCUGCUCUGUUAUCCCUUUUGAACAUUUCGUCACGUCGAGGCUGCGAGCUGCUGGAGGAGCUCAGGGAGGCGGGGGAGGGGGGAUGCAGCCGGGAGGGACGACAGCAGGCUGCUUUGACUGUAGACGUGAGCGGACGACGCACCUGUUCGUUUGAAGCAUACUGAGGCCUCGGAGAGAGGAGCGGAGGAAGAACGUUUCCGUCAGUGUCGAACAAACACUGAAAACUCUCCUCUUUCAGUUUUAAGACCUUUUACAUCACGUUAGACGGCAGUCAGGAGGCGUUUGCUGGAUCCAGAUGCUCCUUCCUCAUUUUAACAUUUUGUCGAGCUCAUUCUGCGAGUCGGAGAAAACAGCUGGGAAACGGUGAAAUGAGCCCGCUGACAUUUACCGACUCAAACACUCCGACAAGUAAAAUGUUCUCAUCUCAUUUCUAUCAGCGCUAAUCCGACGGGAUAAAGAGACUCCGCAGUGCUCGCUUUCAUAUCAGUGACAGUACAUGCAAUAAAAUAUGCAACAUCGUGCUGAAGGUUUAACCCCCAAAACUGACACUUUGUCCCACCCACGUGCCCUUGAGCAAGAGCGGAGGUGCUGUUGAAGAUAUAUGCAAACAGACUUAGCUUUUAUCACACAGAUCUCUGCAGCCUCCAGCAGCAGCAACAAACACCUCCACCUCCUAAAACCACCUCCACCUCCUAAAACCACCUCCACCUCCAACAAACACCUCCACCUCCACCUCCAACAAACACCUCCACCUCCUAAAACCACCUCCACCUCCUAAAACCACCUUCAACAACAACAACAACGAGGCCGGGCUUUGAAAAACAGGAAUUUAAACAAGUGAUUAAUUGCUGAUUUUUAGCAAAAAUUACAAAAUAUAAGUGAAAUUUGGGCUUUUGGGAACUGUGAUGUGAAUUUUUUGCUCUUUAUUGGCCUUUAUAGACGUAAACGACUUGUUGGUUAAUCAGUAAAGUGAUUGGUAGUGAUGAUGAUCACUAUUGAUCAUCAGACCCGAGGCAGACAUCAUUGCAGCCUGUGCGACCAGAUGAUUGACAGGUCUCUCCUUCAGGGGCCUGAUUGGACGGCUGUGUCCCUCACUGGGCUGCCAUUGGUCAGAUUUUCUGAGUCAAAGCAGCAACUUUAUUCAUUCUUUUGUUCUUCAUUUGGAUUUCCAUCAUAUAUCAAAUAAAGUGAUAAUAAACAGGAACAGAAGCUACUUUAAGAACAGAAACAUGACAAUCAGAAGCUAACCCAUCAGUCGUAGGAAGAUCUCGUUAGCCUCAGUGUGUGAAUAACAGGUCUGCAGCUCCAGGAUCAGGCUUCAUUAUUUAUCUACAACUCCUGAUCCUCUUUGUCUGUCAGGUGUUGAAAUGUUCAAUUGAGCUCUAUCACCCAAACGUCAAAGUCGAGUCUCAGUGUUUUUAGUUUUCAAAGUGUCCUCACGUUGCUGAGACCAGGUCUUGUUUUUCUAAGGGUUUACCGGGUUGACCGGGUUUACCGGGUCCCGACGCCCAGCAGGUGUUUUACCAAAAGACAAUCAUGAGAGAAAUGUGGUGAAAUCUCAAACUUUCAUCACAUGUGACCAGGUAGCCAAUCAGAAUACAGCAUUAAGCUUUUAAUAUGAAAAGAGAUGGAGGUUAAUGAGUCCAUAACAGGUGAGAGCAAAUAUCCCACAUAUCCCACUCCUCUAAUUACCAAACCAUUACCAAACCUCUGUGAACAUGAGACUCAGUCUGAGCCACCUGUCUGUCUGUCUGUCUCUCUCUCUCUGUCAGUCGUCUUCCUCGUCCUGUCUCUCUGUCCGUCUGUUGUGUGAGAUGGCUGAGGCAGGGAGGGAUAAUGAGGCCGACCGGGAGAGGAGGUGAAGAGAGGAGGCGCUCGGCUCUAAUUGGUCCUUUUAUAUUCGACCAGCUUUCUUCUCCUCUUCUGCCUCUGUUAUCCUAUCCGUCGCUCCUCUGUCCUUUUUCUGUCCCUCCUUUCCUCGCCUCCUUUCCUUCCCUUCUGCAUUCCCUUUUUUCUACGCACUUAUAUCUCCUACUUUUCCUAAAUACGACUGUUUUAGUCCACACACACACACACACACACACACACACACACACACACACACACACACACACACACACCUGGGAGCAACAGCUGGUACCACUCAGGUGUUUCAGAUAAACCCAGUUGCCAUGGUGACACAGCCCAGCAGCCACUGCAGCGAAUCAUGGGGGUUUAAAGAAAGGUACUGCCCCCCUCCCCCAACACACACACACACACUCUACAUGCACACAACCAUACAUUCCUCCGGGUUGUUGGUUCAAAUCCCAGUACUCCUCUUCUGCUUCCUUCCUCUUCUAUCCUAUUCCAAUUUUUCUCUCCUUUCCUCCUCAUUAAGUCCCCUGUCUGCUUGUUUCCUUUCCUACUACCUUAUUACAUUUCCUCCUUCCUUCCUUAUCCCCUCAUGCUCUCCCCUUUUAUUUCUUCCCUUUCCUAGCUCCUUAUUUCCUUCCCCUUCCCGCCCUUUCUUCUCCACCUCCUGAUUUUCUUUUCCAUCUCCUCAUUUAUUUCCUCUCUGACUUCCUCAUUGUGCUUCCUCUUCAUCUCCUUGUCACUCCCUCUCACUUUCUUUCCUUUGCUUCCCCUCCA